CCGCCGACUCCCGCAAGUGCCGGGCCUUGUGGCACGUGCUCUCGUUGUUCGGGUAAGACCGGGAAAGUGUCUGUGCGGGUCGGGACGUAGGUCAGGCUGGAAGGGUUAGGGCUUGCACUGGACAGAAGGCCUCCAAUUGUUUUGAUCGUCAAUGGUCACAGGUCUUGCUCUCACAAUGAAGAGGGCUGUCGGGGCUUAACGAUGUACUCCGUACAAUCCAGCCGUAUUGCUGACCGCCGCCGCUAAGAGCGUUUAGGUCUCGGUCUCCUUUUGAAGGCAACCAAGUCACUACCUUUAUGAAUCCCUGUGGGAAACAUGAGGAACGCAUUUUCCUCCUCAGGCUCAGUUGCCCGGUCAAGCGAGUUGCAUUGGCCUGCUUUCACUCAAUUUGCUGCAUUGUUCCUCAUCCGCUCCCUCCUUGCAAUUGAUGCUUGCCGCAUGCAAUCGCAAGCUCAGCUUCCCGAUUGGUUGUUUCGUGCAUGCGACCAAGGUUGUGCAGCACAGUAAGCUGGCACAGCAGACAGGGAAAGUGGUCGUCAUGUGUGGAGUUUUGAGGUUUCACUUUUGGGCAGAGAGUUGCGUUGCCCAGCAACGCGACCAAGGUGUUCUCGAGGGGCGGCUGUUCUUGUUUACUCACCUGAGCCAAUCAAGGAAGCCAGUCACCAUUGCACUGCACCCUGAGAAACCAGAAGGCCUCCUUAAACACUACAAACUGAAUUCCGCCAUCGGUGCAGCACUUGUUGACCCUCACCUUACGUUUCUCCUCUGCACCAUUAUCGGGUGUCCAGACAGAGCUGCUGCGCGGUUGUGGUCAGCAUUCACUGCCAUCGCAAUCCCUUUGAUACCCCAUUCAUUCAGCAACGCAACAUCCCUAGACCCGGUUUGCGAUCAUCAAGGUUGUUUUGCGACUGCGCAGCCAGCUAGGUGUUUUGGGUGCUGCAGUGACUUGAAUCAUUUCUAUCCCGCAACACUAUGCGGUUGCAGUAGCGGAUCGCAGCAAUCGCGCCAGGAAAUCGAAGCAACAACCAAGCCAACCAAAGACACCCCGAGCACAUCCCGCACCAAGGGACCCUUAUGAGCAUGACAUCGCAAGAACCAGUAUGUCGUCCCAACUGGCACUCUGCCCUGCUGUCUCUUGAGAAUCACUUCUGACACCGAUUCCCUCA